CGAGACCAUUAUUCCUUCCCCCGCAUCGCCUCCCCAUCACUCCACUCCACUCGCGGCCGCUCCAGUUCCCCAGCUGCUGCUCGUCUCGUGUCGGCUGCAAGGCGAUGGCCUCCCUCCGCGCGCUCCUCCUCCUCCUCGCGGCGGCGCUGUGCGCGCUCGCGGUGACGACCGCCUCCGCGUCCCGCGACCUCCGCCCGCUCCGCGCCGGCUUCGUGGUGCGCGGCCGCGUCUGGUGCGACACCUGCCGCGCGGGCUUCGAGACCCCCGCGUCCACCUACAUUGCCGGGGCAAAGGUGAGAGUUGACUGCAAAUCAAAAGCCACCGGGGCAAAGACCUGCAGCUUCGAGGGACACACUGACCGCACUGGCACCUACAACAUCCUUGUUGAUGAUGAGCAUGAGCAUGAGCUCUGCGAGUCUGUCCUUGUCAGCAGCCCGGACAUGGGGUGUGCCAAGGUUGUGGCUGGUCGGGAGAGGGCCCCCGUCUUCCUCACUAGCAACAAUGGUGUUGCGUCCAAUGUUCGUUUGGCGAACACUCUGGGGUUCCAGAAGGAUGUUGCUCUGCCUAGAUGCGCACAAAUCCUCAAGAUGUACGAGGAAGACCAGGUCUAAUGAUUUAGAAUUUGGCACUACUUGGUGAGUUAUAUAUUUAUGUGGUGUCUCAUGUCUGAAAUAUUUGGAGACCUCUAUUACUAAGACCAAACGUAUUGUUGCUUCUUAAUAGCUUAGCACUCAAUUAUGUGUCGGUCUGCAGUUGAAUUGCGAAGGUUAUCAGCUACUGAAUCUACAUGUUGAUGUUUCAUAUCUGGCUAAUAUAGUGUGGUUGUUGUCUGGUA